GUCUUAGGGUUUGUUCCUCAUUCAUUUAUAUUGAUCCGCCACGUUUUCACAUCGGACAUGGCACUAACAUGGGAUUCAUUUCUCUGUCAAUCCUAAUGAGUCUCUUCGCUAUGUGGAACUACAAUCGGCUGAACAGAAAGAAAGAAACGCAGUGUCUGGCAGAAAACAUUAGCGGUGAUAGAAAAUACGAUUUCGAGGACAUGGGCGACGCUAGUCCUCUUUUUAGGUACACCAUAUGAAACAUACAGCUAAUUCGAGCCGUACUUCUUAAGCAUUUUUAUUGCACUUCGGGAAUGACGCACACCUACAUUUCAUUUAUGAUAUAAAGUACUGGCAUGAUGUGGCGUAGCAUUGACACCAAAUAUGGCACGUACAAUCACAAGAGGUAAUACCUCAGGUGAAUCUGAUAAGUCGACAAUAACGAUGAAACCGCUCAUUCUAUACGACAUCCCCUCCCAAUUGCCUGGAAGCUACUGGUCUCCAAAUACAUCAAAGCCCAGGUUCGUGUUAAGCUAUAAGGAGCUACCUUUCGAAACUGUCUGGGUCGAGUACCCAAAUAUUGCGCCUGUUCUCAAGGGUCUUGGCUUGACGCCCAAAAAGAGAUUGGAUGGUUCAGACAUAUACACCGUCCCCGUCCUCAACGACCCUAACACCGGCGCUCUGAUCGAUGAAUCCCUUGAGAUCGCAGCAUAUCUCGAGAAAACAUAUCCUACAAAGCCCAUCUUCCCUCACGGCUCUCAUAUGCUCAUUCGCGUAUUCGACUCUGCAUAUCUCGAUGACACGCAACCCAUCGUGAAGCUGAUAUACGUGCGCGUUGCUGAGAUUCUGAACCCCGUAAGCGCGGAGUUUUUCCGUCGGACGCGCUCGGAGAGGUUACAACUUCCGUGGGAGGAGUUUUCACCUGAAGGUCCGAAACGCGAUAAAGAUUGGGCAUAUCUUGAGCAGGGUUUCAAUAAGGGAGAAGCGCUAUGGGUCAAGAGCGGCAGGGAGUGGGUUAUGGGAGAUACGUUCUCGUAUGCGGACAUUAUCGUGGCAAGUCGGCUAUUUUGGUACAAGCGUGUCUUGAAGGAGGAUGAGUGGGCAAGGAUCAGCUCUUGGAAUGGAGGGAGAUGGGCAAGGGUGCUGGAUAAGGUUCAGCAGGAAUGUCACUUGUCGUGAUAUGAAAUCCCGGUGGCUUGAGAUCCCCAAGUUAUAAAUACCAGAAUCCCGUAUUAAGUGCUGCAGCUGCCGACGAUAUUACGCAACCCACCAUCCUGUAUGACAUGGUACCAAGCAAUCUUCGAGAAGAGACUGGGCGCCCAAUUUGAAUGGCAUGCCGCAAGACCGAUAGGCGUAAUAGGUAGCCGAUUGAUUUUGUU